GAUAGACAAUAGUUUAUUUUUCGUCUCUCGCGCGUAGCUGACUCAAUUGCGUAUUGACGCGCAGGUCGUGAUCAUUCUAAAGUGCCUAAUAAUUUAAAUUCUCAACGUUUUCUUUUAAUAUUUAUUGUCAUAUUUACGAGAUUUCCAUUUGGAAAAUGCCCGCACCAAAAGAUGAUUGUGCCCGAAAAUCUUCUUUUAAAUUUAAUUACAAACACGAUGAAGCAAGAAGAAGAAGAAAUGAAGCAUCAGUGGAAUUGCGUAAAGCUAGAAAAGAUGAACAAUUGUUUAAACGACGAAAUUUAAGCAUUGGCAAAGAACAACAAACUUCCACAGAUGAAAAUAGUCAUUCCCGACUUUCUACAUCCAUAAAUGACAUUGUUAAUGAUAUGAAAUCUUCAGAUGAAACAAUUCAACUUCAAGCAACUCAAGCAUGCAGAAAAAUGUUGAGUCGGGAAAAGAAUCCUCCCAUAGACAAUAUGAUAAAACAAGGAAUUGUUCCACGAUGUGUUGAAUUUUUGGAUUAUAACCACAAUCCUGCAUUGCAAUUUGAAGCAGCAUGGGCACUAACUAAUGUAGCAUCUGGUACAACAGAGCAAACUCAAUUUGUUGUUAAACAUGGUGCUAUACCAAAACUAGUUGCAUUACUCAAAUCUGCAUCACCCAAUGUUGCUGAACAAGCAGUGUGGGCACUUGGAAAUAUUGCUGGUGAUGGACCAAUGGCUCGUGAUCUUGUUCUUGGUCAUGAUACUAUGCCACUUUUAUUGGAAUUAAUUAAACCUGAUACUUCUGUAACCUUCACUCGUAAUAUUGUAUGGACACUAUCAAAUCUGUGUCGUAAUAAAAAUCCACCACCUCCAUUUGAAAUUGUACGAACUGCUCUUCCAGUAUUAAACCGUUUACUUAGUAAUACUGAUAAAGAUAUCUUGGCUGAUGCUUGUUGGGCUCUUUCAUACCUCACUGAUGGUUCCAAUGAUAAAAUACAAGCUGUUGUUGAUUCUGGAAUUAUUCCAAAACUUGUAGAAUUGCUUGCUUUACCUGAAGUAACAGUGUUAACACCAGCACUUCGUGCAGUUGGAAAUAUAGUUACAGGCAAUGAUUCACAAACAGAUGCAAUAAUUGCAGCAGGUGGUUUACAACAUUUAGGAUUGCUAUUGCAGCAUCAUCGCAUUAAUAUUGUCAAAGAGGCAGCAUGGACUAUUAGUAAUAUUACUGCUGGUAACAUGGAACAAAUUCAACAUGUUAUAAAUGCUGGUCUAUUACCACCUUUAAUACACGUUUUGCAGUGUGGAGAUUUUAAAUCCCAAAAAGAAGCAGCAUGGGCUGUAACGAAUUUAACGUCAGGCGGAUCGGUUCAGCAGUUAGCUCAACUAGUACAGUUAGGAGUGUUAGCACCAUUUUGCAAAUUGUUAGAAGCUAAAGAAUGGAAAACGGUGCUUGUUGUUUUGGAUGGUUUAACUAAUAUUUUAAAUGCGGCAGAAAAAAUGGGAGAAGUUGAACGUGUUGCUCUUAUGAUAGAAGAAGUUGGAGGUAUAGACAAAUUAGAGGAUCUUCAGCAUCAUGAGGUAGAGCAGGUGUACCAAAAAGCUAUUGCAAUGAUAGAUACAUUUUUCUCUGAUGGGGACGUUGAAGAGGCAGUAUUACCACCCACAGCAACUGAUGGACAAUUAGAAUUUAAAACAGCCGAAGAGGCACAGAAAAAUUUCAACUUUUAAAAUUUUGUAAUCACUUAUACGUCAUUCGUAUAAAAUAGAUUUAAAGUUUUUUGCCAUCUAAGAUAAAUAGUAAAUACAAAUUUUGUUGCCUUUUAA